GCGUUGUUUGUGGAAGGCGGUUUCAAUUCGUGGGAAAAGGAGGGGAUAGGGGAUGUGACCUGCCUCACCGUCCCCGAGUAAGCGUUCAGUUCAGUUUGCCCGUAAGACAGCCAAGCGAAAGGGAAUAGCUCGGAGGACAGGUGGCCUCGCGAGCAGCGCCCCAUAGGUUGCAGAGCCAGCUAGCAAAAACUGAGAGGCUGGACACACCAGAGUUGAGAGAGAACACAAGAUCCGACUACUCCAGGCUGAAGUGGUGCAGACCCUCCUAUACGGGUGCGCCUCGUGGAGCCUGGCAGCGGAGCACUACACCAAGCUGAAUGGGACCCACCGCCAGUUCCUGACACGGUGUAUCGGCUGGAGCAAGCGGAAGCGCUCAGACCGACCCCUGUCCUACGCCCAGGCCCUCAUCCAGGCCGGCUGCGAGGAAACCAUCGAGGCCACCGUGCGCAAACGGAGGCUGUGUUUUGCGGGCUUCGUUAUGCGCAUGGAGGACAACCGCCUCCCCAAGCGCAUGCUGCUGGGAGCGAUGGCGGGGGGUACCGGAUACCGGGGCGGGCAGGAGAGCGACUGGGUGUAUCGCCUAGGAGAGGACCUCGUGGCGUUUGGCAUGAAAGAGGAGAAGGAGGGGGGGAGAUGGAAAGAGAGCGCCAAGGACCAGGAGGCGUGGUACGACAAGAUCGAGGACGGGGCGGCAUGGUUCAUGAGGAAAUGGCACAGACAGGAGGCGGAAGCAUCCGCGAAGCGCCAGCGCCAGCGCGCGGAGGAAGCAGAGACGGAGAGCACGGCCGCCCCGGGCCCGAAGAGAAAGAGAAUCGGGGAAGCGGCGGGGGGGGGGAAGAAACGGCGACCGGACACUGCUGUAGAAGCGAGUAGGGCGGCCAAGGCCGCGCUUGCGGCGAACGACGUACCCAACUGA